CAUUGAAUUUUCGUAUGAUGAAUUAAGCUACGCUUAUCUGGCAAUCUAUUCUAUAUAUUACGAGCUUUUUUUGCAGAUAAAUUAAGCAAAGCCUAUCACUUGUGACUUUGCGCUUAUCAUCGGAUCUGGGUUCUUCUUCUUUCUUCACAAGCAUUGGGAGAAGCUGAUCAAAUAAACUUUGAUGGCUCAUGGGGAUAAAGAUUUAAAACUUGACAUUGAAAAUGAACCGAUCACUGGUGAAGAAGAAGAAUACCAAAACCGAAACCCUAUUUUAGGCCUUAAAAACAUGGCAGAACUGCUGCUUGCUAAGGCUAGAGGCAGUUUCACCCAAGGGUCGUCGGACGAUGGAGUGUCUUUGUCUAGUGAUGCUUCGAAUUCAGGUAGUGUUUAUGCGAAGAACAUGCAGGCAAUGACGAGCAUGAAUGUUGUGGGACAUGAUCAUAAUAUCAAAGAUGAUGGUAAAGAGAAUAAAUUAGUGAAGGAGAAAUGUAAAAGUUUGAGCAAUAAAAAAUCCCCUAAGCCUCCACGACCUCCGAGAUCGCCAUCAUUGGAUGCGGCCGACCCGAAGUUAAUCCGAGAGUUAUCCGAACUUGCGAGAUUAAAGCGCGCGAGGAUCAAGCGGAUGAAACCCUUGAAGAAUAUGAAGAUUACUAAGGGAACACCUCCUCCUAGUAGAAAUAUGCUUGCCUUGUUGUUUACCAUCCUUUUCUGUAUUGUCAUAAUCUUUCAAGGAAUGCCAUCCAAAGGUACACCAAUGGCUUCCCAAGGAUCUCAUGUGCCGGUAAGAGCAACAGAGAGAGCUCCAACUUCAGUUUCAUUCCUUCGAAACCCCGUAUCUAAUGGACUUUGUUGGAUAGAAAUAAAAAUGUUGUUGGUCUAUCUAUGGUCACAGAAGAUAAAUCUUUGUUGUUCAACAUCAUAUGUUUCUAUGGAGUUCACUUUUUGCUGGUAAUUUAUCCCUCGUUUGCAAGUUGAAGUUAUGGGGAGGAGAGGGAGUGAGUUAAAUUACCAUGUAAAAUUUUGGCAGUAUGUUGUGGGAUUAUAUCUAUUCUCUAUAAGCAUCUCUCAUUAUGUAACUCCAAAUUCAAUUUGAAUUCAUCCUACCAUUCUUUGGAA